AUGGCAAGAAGAAAUGUCCUCAUUACAGGUUGCUCCUCAGGAAUUGGACUGGCAUUAGCUGUAAAAAUGGCAAAAGAUGAACAGAAAAGAUUUAAAGUGUAUGCCACAAUGCGGAAUCUGGCCAAGAAAGAGCCACUCGAGGAAGCUGCAGGUCGCAGUCUGGGCAAAACCCUCGAAAUUAAACAACUGGAUGUCUGUGAUGAACAGUCUAUUAAAACUUGUGUGAAUAGUAUCCCUGACAGAAGGAUUGAUGUCCUAGUUAGCAAUGCUGGAAUGGGGCUCAUUGGACCUAUUGAAUGUCAAACCAUAGAUGAAAUGAAAACUGUGAUGGAUACCAACUUCUUUGGACUAGUUCGACUCCUGAAGGAGAUUUUGCCUGACAUGAAGAGGAGAAAGAGCGGGCAUAUAGUUAUAAUAAGCAGUGUUAUGGGAAUACAAGGUAUCUUAUUUAAUGAUGUUUAUGCUGCAUCUAAGUUUGCUGUGGAAGGAUUCUGCGAAAGUUUAGCUAUCCAAGCACUCAAGUUCAAACUGCAGUUAAGUCUGAUUGAACCAGGCCCAGUGGUUACAGAGUUUGAAAGAAAAGUGUUUGAAGAUGGAAUGAAGAUGGAUCUUUCGGCUGCGGAUGAGGAAACAGCUGAGAUGUUUACUAAUAUUUACCUUAAAAAUUACAAACAAAUUUUCCAGAGCCUGGGACAAAGUGCUGAAGAUGUUGCCGAGCAUACAGUAAAGAUAAUUCUUGCAGAAAAUCCACCUUUUCGCCAUCAGACCAACACCUUGUAUACUCCGAUGACAACUCUGAAAUACGCAGAUCCAAAUGGAGAUCUACCCAUUGAUACAUUCUACAAAAUGGUUUUUCAUCAUGACAAAAUUUUCAGUGCAAGUCUUAACUUUAUCAAAUUGCUAAGGUGGAGGAGUAGAAAGAGCUUUGACCUGGGAAAACCCUCACAAUAA